CCGUCAUCGCGUCAGUGCCCCACGACCGCCCCUCCGGCACUUUUGAUUGGCGGCCGGCGCUGGAGGCUUCCAGAGGCUUCCGGGAUUGGCCGGGUGACAGAGGGAGGGUCCGCGACAACCAAUGAAAAGGCCAAAGAAAUAAGAAAACUGAUACCCACCCAGAAAAGAAACUUCACAUGAUACAGAGACACUCCAGCUAACCAAGACCCCUUGACUACUGAAGACCUGUUUAAGGAAAUCGGGAAAUCUAGUUUGCCGUGUGAGGAUGGAGCGGAACGUGGAGCUGGACCUGUUCACAACGGGGAACAAGACAGCCCUGCUCUGUGCCCAGGUGGGCCAGUGGUGGCCUGAGGCACAAGAUUGGCUGCUUAGGUGGCAGAACCAGCGGAGGUGGCCACAUUGGGACAUCUGCAUCCCAGAGUUUGCAGGGGCCUGCUUCCCAGGAUGUGGAUGUGGGCCAGCAGGAAGCCAAAGCCACCAAGGAGUCACCUAGAUGCUGCCUGCGAAAGCCAGCUGCGUGGCUGAAGCCAGCUCGUGUUUCCAUCGCCUUUCCCCCAUUGCAGAGCCCUGGUGUAAAACAGGCAGGGGCAGCCUGCGGGCACGCAGAGGUCACAGAGGGAAAACCGGGGUGCAGUUUCCUAGCGGUUAUCCACAGCCUCAGCGUUCAAAGAGGAGUUCAUGGACCCUGAAAUAUAGCAGGACCCAGGAUAUCCACUAUUAACCAUCCAGGAAGGAUCCUUUUAGUGCACAGGUGCUGCCCUGGGCUUCGAGAGUGCCAAUGGAGGAGGAAGCUGGGCGGGCACCGGAGCUGGACAGGUCUCCAGCCCCCAGGGACUUCCACUUCUAUCCCAUGGAUCUGUAUGACUCUGAAGACAGACUGCCAAUCUUCCCGGAAGAAAGCCGUCGGAGGAGAAGAGAAGUCCAAGCCGAAACGACCAGUGAGCCAAGAGGAGCAGCAAAAGGAAAGCCUCAGAGACACUUUGAAGGGGAAGUGGAUGAACUUGUCCGUUUAUACGGACUGGAAGAUGAUCAUGAAUUAGGGGAUGAGUUUGUUGAUGAAAACACACCGAGAAUAGAGGUUUCAGAGUCUCCUCCUUACGUGGUGGCGGGGAGAGAACCAGCCAGGGAGCAGAGAGACUGGAGACUUACUGGAGAGGCAGCCGAGGCCGAGGCCCUGGGCUUCGGAGGGUGGGGCUCGGAGGGCCAGUGCCAGGACCUGCGGGAAGCCUACAGGUACACACACGGUCGUGCCAGCGAGGAGUAUGAGUGCUACGUCAUCCCAGAGGAGGAGGACGAGGAAGAAGCUGCCGACGUCUUCUGUGUCACGUGCAGAACUCCAAUAAGAGCGUUGGAGAAGGCUUUUGAUGAACACAAAGAGCAUGAGGUGACCCCACUCAGUAAAGCACUGGAAAAUGCCAAGGAUGAAAUUCACAAAAACAUGUACAGAUUGGAAAAGCAGAUUAUCGAGAUGGAAAAUUUUGCAAGUCACUUAGAGGAGGUUUUUAUCACCGUGGAGGAGAAUUUUGGAAGACAAGAACAAAACUUUGAGUCCCAUUACAACGAGAUCUUGGAAACGCUUGCUCAAAAAUACGAAGAAAAAAUACAAGCUCUCGGGAACAAAAAGAAAGAGAAACUGGAAGCCUUAUAUGGACAGCUGGUCAGCUGUGGAGAAAACCUGGAUACCUGUAAAGAACUGAUGGAAACAAUAGAGGAGAUGUGUCAUGAAGAGAAGGUUGAUUUCAUAAAGGAUGCUGUGGCUAUGGCUGACAGACUCCGAAAAUUCCUGGAAACAAAAACAGACGUGGAAAUCUCUGCGCAGCCUGCCCUGGAAGACCAGAGCCUGGACUUCUCCGACGUGGAGCAGCUGCUGGACUCCAUCAACACCAUCCCAGCUCCUUCUGCCCCAGUGAUAAACCCACAGGCCCCCAACUCAGCCACGGGGUCCUCGGUCCGAGUGUGCUGGAGCUUAUACUCCGAUGACACCGUGGAGAGCUACCAGCUGUCCUACCGGCCAGUGCGGGACAACUCGCCUGGGAAGGACCCAGCAGAGUUUACAAUGACCGUCAAAGAAACAUACUGCUUAGUGACAAACCUUGUGCCAAAUAUCCAGUAUGAAUUUUGGGUCACAGCUCAGAACAGGGCCGGUGUCAGCCCCGCCAGUGAGCGUGCAGUGUACAUGACAGCGCCUUCUCCCCCCAUUAUAAAGAGCAAAGAGAUACGGAGCUGCGAGGACGCCGCGCUGAUUUGCUGGGAGUCUGGGAACCUGAAUCCUGUGGACUCGUACACAGUGGAGCUGAUCCAGGCGGAGACGUUAGAAGCCUCCGGCGUCACUGAGUCUGUGGUGGGCAUCCCUUCCUGCGAGGCCCUGGUGCAGCUGCAGCCCCGACAGACCUACACCAUCUAUGUGCGUGCUCUCAACGUGGGGGGCCCCAGCGCCAGGGGUGAGCCCGCCACCGUCCACACCACAGGCAGCUACUUCCGCCUGAACCAGCACACCUGCCAUCCCUGGCUGACCAUUUCUGAAGACGGGCUGAGAGCUGUACGAGGCGAGAGGAAAACCCCCGCAAGGGAGCCGCCCCCCAGAAACACCCGCUUUUCCAGGUGUGUUGCUGUCAUGGGGAAUCUAAUUCCCGUCCGCGGGCGCCACUACUGGGAGGUGGAGGUGGACGAGCAUUUGGACUACACAGUGGGUGUGGCCUUCGCAGACGUCCCUAAGCAGGAGGACCUGGGCAUGAACUGCCUGUCCUGGUGCAUGAGGCACACGUGGGCAUCACCAAGGUAAAGGCCAGUCGGGAUCCCCAAGACCAAAAUCCGCUUUUGAGAGAACAGAGGGAGGGGUUUUCACUAGCAAUAACUAAGACUACAGGCUGUGGUAGAAACUUUCUAAGAUAAGUUUCCAGCCCCCUUCCCUGAGGCCCAGGUGAGAAGGGAAAGAGCAGCUAUGGGGGCUUUUCUUUCAGAUGAAAACAGCUAACGUUCAUGGAGACUGUUCUACACUCUUACACGUACUGUCUCGUUCACUUGGCACCAGUGUAUUGUCCCCUUUUCCAAAUAAGCAAGCUACGCCUCACAGCAGCUAGGUAACCCACCCAGCACAGAUCAGAGCUGGAUUCAAACCCAGGCGUUCUGGCUCCAGAGACAGCUGAGCCAAUGGUCUUUCAUCUGUGCUCGGCGUCAGUGUUAUGAAAUGGAUAGUUUGAUCGGAAGCCCCGAUUCCAUCUUUUUAAGUAAUCGUGGGCAGAGGCUUAAUGGGUAUGGCUGACAUUGCUCUGCUUCUGCUAAGCACUUGCUCUACACACGGGGUCGCUCCACAAAGCAGAGAAAAUCCCGGGAGGCCCAGGCCAAGGGACAUUUUCAGGCUUAGAAGGCCCUGGUUGCAGCCUCCUUUCAUCUCAAACAUUGCCCAAGAAAUAAACCACACCACUUUCCCGGCACCCAUCCUGUGCAGCCUCGGACCCUCGUUGGCUUGUGAGUCGUUAACGUCCCAUUCGGUGCUGUGUCCGUGAGCCUCCAUUGUGGCUGGUUAAACAUUAUUCGUCAUGCGCAGCUACGAGUGGGAAGACUAGCUUUCCCCUGUGAAGUAUUUAGACUUUAGUGGACUCCACUGAACCUAAGACCCAGUUUGGGGAAGGCAAGAAAUACUGUGCACUAGAAAUCAAAGUCUCCUCUCCUAGAAAGGUAAGAACAAGGGGCAGAGCAAAACUGGGGGAGCAUAAAGGGAAUCUGUGUAGUGGGAGGGGUGAGGGGGUAGGAGACAGGGGAGUGGUGGAGACAUGAGAUAGAAUGAAACAGGAAGGACAAAAAGCCGAGCACUAGAGCAAAGGUUUCUUGCAGCCUCAUCUUGGAAAGAUGUAUGAGAGACAGAAUUACGAGUAGACGAUGAGGGUAAGGUAUCUUAGCUCAUUUGUACUUUUUGGUUCAGUCUUAGACUAUUGGUGGUGAGGGAAGGGCUCAUUUAGCUACUGGUGGCUGCCUAAUUAAGAAAAGAAGCCGAGGGGAAGAUGGAUGAACUGGGAUGGAGAUAGACCAGCUGGCUCUGACACACUUAGAUUGUAUUCUAAGUGUCCUACCAGUCGUGUGGACCAGCACGGUGGCACAGAGCUCUUCAGACAUCUGUAGUAGCAGUGUCAGGAAAUCCCUGUGGCUGGUGUUGGUUUCAGCCAUUUUCCAAAGCACAGGGUGUGGUGAAAGGGUGCCAGAGCUAUACGGCACUGAAUGGUGACAGGCCCGGAUGCCUGUUCGGUUUGAAAGGCUAAGCAUUGGGUGUCUUGGAGCACUUGCACAGAUUAUACCGAAAGGCACAUUUUGUUACAUGAAAGACCAUGGGGCUCCCUGUUUCAAAUCUAUUAUGAAGGAUUUACUCACCUGAACCUUGAAAUCCAAAAUUCUAAAACAUAUUCUAUUUCUAUACAAAUUUUGAUGCAGUGAGUUUAUGGUAUUGUAAGGUUCUUAGGGUAAGAGGUUGCACUUAGUUUAUAACUUUCUUAGGACAAAUUUUAGAAAAGAGAUAUAGUUUUGGAAACGGCCUGUUACUUUGGUAGUCAUUUAAUAACAAUCAUAGAAGUAUUUGAAUAAAAUUAACAUAAAAUGUUCUGUAAAUAGCCCAUCUACAGAAUUUCUGAAGAUUUGUUAUAUCAACAUUUAAUUUUCAGGCAUAAGUAUGAAUUUCUACACAACAAGAUGACUCCAGAUAUAAGAAUAACAGUUUCCCCAAGGAAGAUU